ACAGUGACGUCAGUUAGCUAGGUAGCUAGAGAUGUCAUGGCGUCUUUGGAGGCGAAGCAGGAGCCGCAAUCUAGAUAAAGAGUAGCAUCAGUGGGGUCCGAAAUGGAGAAAAAUGCAAACCUGCAUCGGGAUCUCGGGGAAGGUGCUCCGUGCUCCACAAUAAGCGGGGAAUCAGGCGGAAUAAAGGUUACAGAAGUAGUGAAAGGAGCUACCGAUAGCUGCAAGAAUAGUGAGCCGUCUACGCUCAGUACUUUGGUCAGUAGUAGCGCCAGUAGUCCCUUAUCAGCAAGCACUGCCAAUGCUGUCACUGGUGAGACAAAAUCAGACGUUGGAUUGGAAACUGCCGGACCUCUCCCGGUUCAAAAUAUUAUCACCAAGCCCAGCGACUGUUCUGAGACGUCGUCAUCGGAACUGAGAGAUCAGCUGAGCAACGGUAUGGGGCACAGCCUGCUGUUGGCUCCAGGAAACGGUGAGGGUGCCACCUCAAAGUUGGUAAACAACCGAGCGGAUGGCGAUCCACCUUCUAUGAUGGAAGAAUCGACUGCAAGGAUUACAAAUAUACAAGCUGGGGUUGCAAAGUGUGGGUCGCAGGAGCCGGCGAAGAUAUCUCCACCGACAUCGUUGUGCCCGAACAAAACAAGUUUGAAAAGCGCCAAACCAGGGGGGUUGGAUUGCAGUGAUCAUGUUGUUUCCGAGGGGCCACCGACUGAGAGUGACCCCAGCCCCGCGGGUGAAUCCCGGAGCUAUGAUUCAUUGGAAUCCUUCUCAAAUCUGAAUUCAUGUCCCAGUUCUGACCUCAACAGUGAAGGAAUGGAGGACAGUGUACUGGCUAUUGCUUUGCAAAGCGACGAGUAUGGGGCUGAUGAAGCAAAAGUCUCAUGUAGCAAGGAUCGGGGCGCCGGCCAAUCUAUAUAUCACAUCAAGUGGAUCAAAUGGAAGGAAGAAAACACGCCUAUCAUUACCCAGAACGAGAACGGACCGUGUCCAUUGCUGGCUAUUAUGAAUGUCCUUUUGCUGGCGUGGAAGGUAAAGAUGCCACCAAUGAUGGAGAUUAUAACUGCUGAACAACUAAUGGAAUAUUUGGGCGACUACAUUCUAGAUGCCAAACCCAAAGAGAUCUCUGAGGCUCAGCGGCUGAACUAUGAGCAGAACAUGAGUGACGCCAUCGCGGUCCUUCACAAGCUCCAGACCGGCCUGGACGUCAACGUGAAGUUCACAGGGGUGCGGGUGUUUGAGUACACGCCGGAGUGCAUCGUCUUCGACCUGCUGGACAUCCCGCUCUACCACGGCUGGCUGGUGGACCCCCAGAUGGACGACAUCGUGAGGGCGGUGGGGAACUGCAGCUACAACCAGCUGGUGGAGAAGAUAAUCUCCUGCAAGCAGUCCGAGAGCAGCCAGUUGGCCGGGGAAGGUUACGUGGCAGAGCAUUUCUUGAACAGCACAGCCACCCAGCUGACGUACCACGGGCUGUGUGAGCUGACGUCCAGCGUGCAGGAGGGCGAGCUCUGCGUCUUCUUCAGGAACAACCACUUCAGCACCAUGACCAAAUUCAAGGGCCAGCUGUACCUGCUGGUGACCGACCAGGGCUUCCUGACGGAGGAGAAGGUGGUGUGGGAGAGCCUGCACAACGUGGACGGGGACGGCAACUUCUGCGACUCCGAGUUCCGCUUGCGCCCGCCCUCCGACCCCGAAACGGUCUACCGCGGUCAGCAGGACCAGAUCGACCAGGACUACCUGAUGGCCCUGUCGCUUCAGCAAGAGCAGCAGAGUCUGGAGCUGAACUGGGAGCAGGUCCCGGAGGGAAUCAGCGACCUGGAGCUGGCCAAGAAGCUCCAGGAGGAGGAGGACCGGCGAGCCUCGCAGUUCUACCAGGAGCAGGAGCAGGCGGCUGCCGCCGCACAAGCACAGCAGGAACAGCAGCAGCCAGCAGGGGGCGAUGCAGAGGCAGGAGCGGCAGCGGCGGCGGCAGCAGCAGCGGCAGCAGCCAGGACAGCUGGGGCAGCCGCUGCCACGCCCAGUCCAGGGAAACAGCCCAGCGCCAGCGAGCGCAAACAGAAGAAGGAGGUUAAGGACAAAGACAAGUGUGUCCUGUUGUAACAGCGGGGGAAGGGGGAGGGAAAACAUUUAAUCUAUGUUCACCUGACACCCAACGCACAGCCCCCUUGGAAGAGAGGACGAUGAAACAAGACAAGACUGGAGAGAGAGAGAGAGAGAGAAAGAGAGCGAGAAACACGCCACCUGUGCCUGAUGCCUCCCACGCAUCUUCUUUUUCCCCUUUGUUUUUUAACAAGGAGACAAGAAAGGUGGCUACUACAACCACUACAGCAUCUUUGAUACAGCUGGCCAAACUUUGCUAUGUCGCACACUGCACUAUAUUUAUGACAGAGGGUCUUGUGCGUAGGGGUUAUUAAUAAUAUUUAUAACAAAACAAAAAAAACAACAAAAAAAAAUAAAACAAAAGAAGCUUAAAGUAAAUAGUGUAAAAUCGCACAUAGUUCUCAUCACCAUAUUGUUUUCUAAAGACAGCCGUCUUCAUUUUUAUUUUACUAAGUUAAUAAGCUAUUUUAUAUACAGUACAUGUAUUUAGAAGCACCCAUAUGGAUUAAUUCCUCUUUGGUUAUGCUUUUUUUUUUUUUUUUUUUUAAAGCUGAAUAGUACUUAAAAUAAACAUUAACUCUGUCCUGAGUACACAAAAUUUUGUUUGUGGCAAAGACAAACAGGUCAUUUCAAUUAGGACAGACGUGGGUUGCUUGACAGUGAAAUCUGGUGUAGGGAAUGACAUGUAUAAUACCUUGGCAUUGUCUUAAGAAUGAUUUCAUGUCUCUUCAAAUGGCUAAAGUCUUGCUAGCCAUUGUGUUCAGCUGUUUCUUUUUUGUUUUUUUUGUGGUAUUUUUUUGUGUGUGGCAAAAACAGACUGUUUACAAGUUUCUAUAUUUUAAGGGUUUGGUGUGCAUUACUAAUGGGAAGCUAUCUUAAGAUCCCUCACUAUUAAUCUUUGCUACAGAAUAUCCAUAUCCUCCAUCCACGGACUGCUCUUGCUUUAACCUAUGAGGGGUUGCAGUGCCCGUUUGACUCCCUUACGACAGGCGUCGAUGUCACCCUUGGUGACUCUAAUCUCUGAGAUUGACGGAACCAGGUUUGCCUUACUCUGACACCUGCACCACUUCAGAGAACCAAUUGGGAUUCUGUCCUCUGUAUCCUUUCAGUGUGUGUGUGUGUGUGUGUGCGUGUGUAUGCACGCCAUUGCUUAUAAGCAUUAUAAACAUAAGCAUAUGGCUUGACAGCACUUAAUGGUGGAGUAACAGUGUAGUGAUGAUGAUUUAGUGCUCAUCUGUUAGCACUCUGGCCAGUGUGGGACAGGCCGUUAAGCCUGAGAGGACUGUUUCCAGUGCCUCAGCACUUGUGCGUUGCAUCUAGAGCCCAGGAUGGUAUUCACUGACUGACCACUGGCCAGCAAGUGAAUGAAACCAUUGUGAAGGCUGCGAGAGGACGGUACUGCGUGUAAUGUCUGACUUUAGCCAUCUGCCCAGCUCUAUUUCCUCUGGUGCAGUUAUUUUGAUGGCAAAAUCCCCCCCCGAAGUUCCUGCUCCUUUGAGAAGAAAGCAGGGAAUUCAUUGGCCAACAAUGCCAGUUUGUACACCAGACUUAAGAAACCCCUUGUAGAUCCAUUUACAUCAUCUUUGGCAUGACAUCCGUCAGGUUACCUCCCAAGUUUGACUUUGAAGGUUUGCUUUUGCUGUGGCUUAAUUUCUAUAAAUGUCCCAGCAUUUCACUGUAACAGAAAGAAGCUGGCGAGUAGUGGUGUGCAACAUCUUCAAUGGUACUGCCUCUUACCGAGCAAUUAGUGUCUCCUUAUCUAUACAUUCCAAAUGACUGCCUUGACUGAGUCUUUUUAGCGGAUCAAACCUAGACACGCAUAGAUGUAAGGGUGUUCACGUGUGCAUUACCUGAGGAGGUUAGCGUUAUUUCACCUGUCUGUUCCUAGCCAGUUCCCCCGAGGCCUAACUUGCUCUGUAUAUAAAAUUAAGCCUUACAACUUAACAGGAUGUUUUUUAAGGACAAAGUAGAUACGUUAUCAGACUGAGACAAUCUGUAUAAUUUAAUGUAGACAUGUUAGACAUAUUCUCAGGCCUUUUCAAAAGGGACUUAGCAUUGGGUGUUUUUUGCAGGCUGUUUUGUGUGUGAUAGCUGCCUUGACAACAGAAUUGUUAGUAUAUCUGUAUAUACUGUCUUAUAUUCCUUGGGUUUCCCCCUGAAGACGGCAUUGCAUAUGCAUAUAAAGCAACAGUCAAAAAGAAAAACGCUGUCCCUCUACAUAUGGCUGGUUGGAGCUAACAUUUCACGUAGGUUAUGCAUACUUUCAUGUAGGAAAAUGCAGAAGGCUGUUCUACUGAAUGCCAUUAAUAUUCAUCCGUUAAAGCCAUACUUUUAGUUUUUACAGUCUAGAAAGCUUGCCAAGGAUGCAAGUUUUAAGGAAUACCUGAAAGCAUUUGUGUAGAUUGUGGAUUAUAGCCCAGUGAAAUGUUGCCAUUUUCAAUUAAGCUGCUGCAUUCUUUUUUUUUUUCUUCCUGUAAAAUACCUUCCAAGCUUGAAAGAACACUAUCGAAAUAUACUCUGAAAUGAACAGUAAUUCUCUGGGGGAGAAACUCUUCCCUCAUGUCAAUGCAUACAUUAUUUCCCAAUGUAUAUCGUGUUUUACAAUACUGGUAUGCCGAAAUCAGUGGGCAUCACACCUGUUAUUUAUUAUGUCCUGGAAAUUUGCUAAUUUUUCUAGAUUAGUGCUGGCGUUUUCUUUUAAUCCAGUCAACCCUUUUAGCACAGGACAAAGCUUUUCCAAAGCAUCCAAUGCACAUGUGCAGAGGUCUUAUCCACUCAAAACUCGUGGUAUACUAAUAUAUUGUACAAAAAGGUUUGUUAAAGGUCACUACAGUAAUUAUGAAGGAUGAAGCCUCACGAUCAGGGUCUCAUUGAUAGGCGCAAAAUCCCUGUUUGGGCAAUCGGACAUACUGGCUCAUGCUUGACAUUUCAUGUUUUUCAGAUGAUGUACAAUUACAGUAGCUCACCAAUUUAUUGUUGUAAUGUUUCAUCUUCACCUAUUCUAAUCAGAUCAGUAAGAUUUGUGUGUACAAAUUGGCUCUUUGGCAUAAUUCACUACAAAGAUGGUCCUUGAACUUGUAAUUGGUUUUGCACUGUUAAUAUGGAUAUGCACUAGAAUAAGAAAAGAAAUACCUCAUUUUAUACAAAAUCGGAAGAUCGACGUUCAAAAGGACUUCUUUGGUACCCUGAAAGGAGCACAAAGCUAGAAGCAGGGGCUAUAAGAGGUGCACACCAAGGGUGCCCGUGGGAAAAGCCUGCUUCAGUUUGCCUGUGGAGAAAAAUGCAAUUUCUACACAGAGCUGACGGAUAGAUUUGCAAUGGAAAAGCCUGCACAUAAAUACACUCGUGAAAAGGCACAUUCUUUAAAUGGUUUAAGAACUGAAUUUUGAGACUCACAGGAGAGUGGGGUGCAGCACAUUUACAGAUUUAAUAAGCGGACACCUGGGUUUUAAUGCUGAGACUAUCUAGUACCCCUUUUAAACAUCUUGCCUGUCAGGAUAAGAUGGGAAGUGCCACGGCAAUCUGACAUUUAAAAUGUUUUUGUCUUAAAUUGGAGUGCAUUUUCUUUACACGAAUCCCCAAUGAUACUUUAUGUAAUGCAUGCAUAUUUAGUGCUGAAUGUAACAUGGGGACGACAGGUACCCGUCAACCCAUGACUAUCUUCCAACCUUUGUAUGCCAAUGUGCUCACAAAGCAAUGUUUUAACUACUGAUGAAAGGCAAUUAUCAAACCUGGGAAGCUCUGGAGAUAAAAAGGUCAUUGUUUCAAAGGGUUCCAGUUUCUACCUAUGUACAUGUGACCAAAUAAUGUAUGUAGCCUUCAUUAGUUUGUCACAGAAAAUGUUGAUGCCGGUCAUUCUUCAGUUUUUUUGUUUGUUUUCCACUUGCAUUUUAAGUUUGUUAUGAAAUGCCUUAGACGUGGGACAUUUAGCCUGAUAACAUUAAAGUACCUAGACAGUUUAAAAAAAAGAAGUUUGUUUUCCUUGUUCGUACAUUACUUUUUGUCACUGAAACGGUGUGUGCCUUUUACUCAGUUUAGCACUGACUUGACUGUACUGAAUGAGGAAUGGACGGAGACGGAACAAGAUGUAUAAUUUAAUAUCAACAACUUUCAAAAGCAUUGUAAGGGGAGCGUAAUGAAAUGACAAGUUUUCAAAGAAUGCUUUGUAAUACAGCCACUAUACAUACAGGAGAGUACUUCCUCCGGGGGUAGGAAAGCAGUUUUGAAACUACAUAUGAAAACUUGUUACAAAUAACUAAAGCUGUACAAUUCUUUCUUGAAUGGAAGUUAUAACACGUAUGUGCAAGGAUCAGUUUGUUUUUUUUUGUCUUCACAGCAGGAACAGUUAGGAAAAAAACCUACACAAAGUUUUACACGCAUCUAUACAAAACAAAAUGGUUUCUUUUUU